AUGAUUUGGAACUACUCAAUUUAGGAGGAUUUUUUCCAUAUACAGUUGUCCAACGCAGGAGUGCAAAGCACAGUUAGCCCAGGAGUUUUGACUUGUGUUGGCUUUCUGAGAAGUUUGAAGCUAUGAAAGGAAUUACUGCGCUUCUUUUUCUGUUACAGGCUACAGCUGUUAACACAGGGUCACACUCUCUCUGGGCAUUUGCAACAUUUAUACACGGACAGACCCAAUUCCCAGAAUUCAGUAUAGUGGUUAUGGUGGAUGAUCUUCAGGUGCUCUACUAUGACUGCAACAUAAAGAAAUGGAUCUCUCGAAGCCAACCAAGCUCAACAAAUGUUGUUGAAGAUUUUAUCCUUGAAGGUGCAAACAUUGUGAUGGAACAUGUUUAUAAUUCCAUGAGAAAUCCAGCCCAUCGUGUAAACCUCCUCUCCAAUCACACUGGAGGAGUUCAUGUUCAUCAGAGGCUGGGUGGAUGUGUGCUGGACAAUGACAAAGGCAGCCAGGUCACGAUGUGGGAAGCGUAUGAUGGAACAGCAGCGACACGCUACAACAUGCAAAAUCGCACCAUCAACCCUCUAUGGCCACAGCUUAUGUGGUCCACAAAGGAAAAAGAAUAUUGGCCAAUGCAAUAUAUACAUAUUUAUCAGCCUAUAUGUAUCCAAACACUGAAGUACUAUCUGGAGAAAGAGAAGAACAUUGUGUUAAGAAAAGAGCGCCCCAGAGUCCGGCUGAUCCACAAGCCAUGCACUGAGACUGGAGAAAUGAAGGUGAGCUGUCUGGCCACGGGCUUCUACCCCCGACACAUCAACCUGACCAUGCUAAGAGAUGGCCAUCCCAUCCCAGAUGAGGAGCUGAUUCUGGGGGAGGUGUUACCCAAUGGAGAUGGGACCUACCAGACAAGGAGGACCCUGAGUAUCCGUUCAGAGGAACUGAGAGAGAGACAUCAUUACACCUGCUCUUUCACACAUCUUACUCUGGACAACAAGCUGGACAUAAACUGGGUACCAGAGGAAGGCUCAGAUGUUGCAGUCAUCAUUUCUCUGGCUGUAGUGCUGGUUUUGGUUCUUGUCUUUACCAUCCCUGUAUUUGUCAUCUAUAAGAGGAAAUGCAGAGUCACUUUGUAGUUUCCCGGACCUCCCUGAUAAUUGACGCUGCAUCAUGGCUGCUUGCUAAAGGAAGGAUGAUUAUAGAAAAGAGUAGGAAGGAGAGUCAGCUGUCCAGCCAAACGGAGUAACCAGGCAAGAAGGGUCUUCACCAGCGAGGUGACCAAGAACCCAACGGCCACUCUUACAGAGCAUCGGAAGUGGAGAUGGGAGAACCUGCCAGAAGAAUGACCAUCUUAGCAGCACUGCAGGCCUUUAUAAUAGAGUGGCUAGGCACAUGACAGCCCACUUGUACUUUGCAAGUGGGCUGUCAUAGGUCUGAGAGAAUGAGGAAAAAUAUUCUCUGGUGUGAUGAGACAAAAAUAGAAAUCCUUGGGCAGAACUCCAAGCACUAUAACUCCAGGCACUGCUAAUCACCUGGAUACUAGCAUCAAAGGGGUUUCUACAAAGUACUGAAUUAAGGCUCUGAAUACUUAGAUAAAUGCGAGAUUUCAGUUUUAGAUUUUUAAUACAUUUGCUAAAAUUUCUAAAAACAUGUUUUCACUUUGUCAGUAUUGUUAUGUUCCUGAGUUCUGUCUGUUAGUUUAUCAUUGUUUAUUAUUGUUUGAGUUUACGGUAGUUCUGGGGUUCAACCUUCCUUCCAAACUUGCAUUCCUUACUUCCUGCUUUCUCUCCAUUUCAUGUUUGUAGAUAAAUGGUUAAAUGGUUGGCAUUUAUAUAGCGCCUUUAUCCAAAGCGCUGUACAACUCCGCCUCCCUAUUCUAUCACUGAUUACUUGCUUAGUUUCAGCAAAGUAUUCGCACCUUUCUCUCCGUAUCUCUACAUCUCCUCAUUCUAUGCAAUUGUCUAAUCCCUAGUCCAGAGCCAUUUGUAUUACAUGUGUGUCUUUGUGAAUCCAGUUCAUGUUUUCGUUUCCCCCUCGUUAUUGCGCUAUUACCGUUUCAUGAGUCUCACCUAUUUGUUAGACCGCCUUCACUCCAUACCCUGCCUAGUUUGUCUCAUUCCCCUGUGUAUUUCUACCUGUCCUUUUCAGGUACACCUUGCUAGUUCGGCUUGUCCUGUUUUUUUGAGUCCCAAGCCCUUUAAUUCCCUCCCCCCAGUUCUGGCCCCCUUGUUCCCUUGUCUUGUGACAUUCCAUCUUGUUUCCUUGAUUUUUGUAUCUGGAUUUCCUGUUUAUGACCCCUGCCUGCUUCCCUGGACUCUUCUUUGGUUUUUGUGGAUAUCUCUACCUCUGCCUUGUUUGGACUGACCUCCCGGUUUUUGAACUUUGCCUGUUUUGGAUUACGUUCUGUCUGCCCCUUCAUCUGCCUUCAUUAAAGCUGCCAUUUUUUCCACACCCCUGUGUCUGCUUCUGGUCCCUCUGUCCCCCCUAC